AUGGCCAUUGGAUCUUCACCAAAGAACCAGCAGUCCAUAGCCCAGAAGUGGAAACUGAGGCUUAGAGAGACCAAGCAUCUCUUCCAACUGCCCACAGCCAUCUCCUGGCGCACGGAUAACCUUGCCGCUGUCGCUGCUCCAGCUCCUCCCCGGCGCCCCCAGUCCCGGGUGUGUGCUCGGGCGGCCCUCGGUCCCGGCGCGCUCUGGGCCGCGGCCUGGGGAGUCCUGCUGCUCACGGCCCCCGCGGGGGCGCAGCGCGGCCGGAAGAAGGUCGUGCACGUGCUUGAGGGCGAGUCGGGCUCAGUGGUGGUGCAGACAGCGCCGGGGCAGGUGGUCAGCCAUCGAGGUGGCACCAUCGUCUUGCCAUGCCGUUACCACUACGAGGCAGCGGCCCACGGCCACGACGGUGUCCGCCUCAAGUGGACCAAGGUGGUGGACCCACUGGCCUUUGCUGAUGUCUUCGUGGCACUGGGCCCCCAGCACCGGGCGUUUGGCAGCUACCGCGGGCGGGCAGAGCUGCAGGGCGACGGGCCCGGGGACGCCUCUCUGGUUCUCCGAAACGUCACACUGCAGGAUUAUGGGCGCUAUGAGUGCGAGGUCACCAAUGAGCUGGAGGAUGACACUGGUAUGGUCAAGCUCGACCUGGAAGGUGUGGUCUUCCCUUACCACCCCCGUGGAGGCCGCUACAAGCUGACCUUCAUGGAGGCGCAGCGCGCAUGCGCUGAGCAGGACGGCAUCCUGGCAUCUGCCGAGCAGCUGCACGCGGCCUGGCGCGACGGCCUGGACUGGUGCAACGCGGGCUGGCUGCGCGACGGCUCGGUGCAGUACCCGGUGAGCCAGCCCCGGGAGCCCUGCGGCGGCCUGGGCGGGGCCGGGAGCGCCGGGGCCGGCGGUGGCGCCUCCGGGGGCGUGCGCAACUACGGCUACCGCCAUAAUGCCGAGGAACGCUACGACGCCUUCUGCUUCACCUCCAACCUCCCGGGGCGCGUGUUCUUCCUGAAGCCGCUGCGGCCAGUGCCCUUUUCAGGAGCAGCGCGCGCGUGCGCUGCGCGCGGCGCGGCCGUAGCCAAGGUGGGGCAGCUGUUCGCCGCGUGGAAGCUGCAGCUGCUGGACCGCUGCACCGCGGGCUGGCUGGCCGACGGGAGCGCGCGCUACCCCAUCGUGAAUCCGCGCGCGCGCUGUGGCGGCCGCCGGCCAGGCGUACGCAGCCUCGGCUUUCCGGACGCCACGCGCCGCCUCUUCGGCGUCUACUGCUACCGGGCUCCCGGCGCGCCGGACCCUGCACCCGGGGGCUGGGGCUGGGGCUGGGCCGGAGGCGGUGGCUGGGCUGGAGGCGCGCGCGAUCCCGCCGCCUGGACCCCGCUGCGCGUCUAGGCCCCGGGCCCAGAUGGCUGGGGUGCGGACCGCUGGGGCGGGCGCUCGGCGGCUUGCCAAAUGCUUUGCCGUCCCCUGGAGACGGACUCCGCCCCUGGAGAUUGGCCACGCCCCUUGCGGUGCCUCCUGAGGGCCUUGAACACUGGCCACACCCCCUGAGGUCCCCAGAGACUAGCCAGUCCUGGGAGACAAGUCCCCUGGAAACUGACCAAGCCCCACCUCUCCUAGACAGUGGAUUUCCCCUCCUCCCUCGACACACCCCUGGAGGCCAAGAGACCCUUGAGGUCCCUUGAAGAUCUGCCAGGCCUCGUAAGGUCACCUGGAAACAGAUGGAACCACUCCUGAGGUCUCCUGGAGGCUGGACCCCCGGGGUUAUCUGGAGACUGGCCACAAGUCCUCUGCAUCUCCCUGGAGAACGAAGACAGUUCCCCUAACAGUCACCUGGACGCUGGAUCCUCCUCCCCAUCGCCUGUAGAGAAACCAGAAACCUCAGACUUCGCCAGGUGACCAUGCCUCCGUGGUCACAUGGAGUCUGUGAGCCCCUGUCCUCUCCCUUACGGUGACUGUACGUUGGGUACUCCCAUUCUUCCCCCGUCGUCGUGAGUCCCCCGAAGUUUCCUGAGUAACAGCCCCACCCUUCCAGUUCCAGGGGAGACCACCCUUGUCUGUCACCUGAAAACAGACUGACACGCCCCCAUCUGGCCUGCAUGACUGGCGGCCACGCCCCACCCCUCAGGUAUCUCUCUGAAGGGAGCAAAUCCACCCCCACCUGAUGGCCCCUUUCCUGGCUGUCACCAAAGAGACCAUCCCCUUGGGCCCAGGGACCUAUAAAAUCCAUGUCACUUGCUAUGGACAAGCCACCCCUCUUGCCAUUGUUACGAAGGUGACCAGCCCAGCUUCUACCUGCCAUCUAGAGUCACACAGCCCUUCCCUCAUCAGUCACACCCGUGGAGGUGGUGCCUCCCUCCUCAGCUGUAAACAUGGAUACCACACAUUUCACAUCUCACCGCCUGCACCCCAGAGACCUACAAUUUCACUUCUGGCCGUCCCCAUCCUGACCAACAGCCAGGGGAACCACCCUCCCCCCCAACUAUCCAGAGAGAGACCCAACAUUCAGUUCUCCAGCUCUCACCAUGGAAACAGGCUGCCCUGUUCCCCAGCUCCUUGCUACCUUGCAAGCUCCACCGCCAGGCAGCCUGGACCCCAUAGCUGUUGCCAUGGAAACAAAACUCUGGUAUCUGAGGUAACAGAACACCUGUCCCCUAGGCUUUCCUUUGUCCCACCAAGUUGUCACCAUAGAGACUGUCAACGUUGUCCCCAUGACAACUGACUUCCUAGCUUUCAGGAACUUCUCACCAUGGGCUGGAACUGCGCCCCAUCAGGGCUUAAUGGCUGCCCCUUCACCAGAUGGGCCCAGCCAAAGGCAGCAUCCCCAGACACAGCUGGACUUUUGGAGCAGCUGGACAUCCUCCGUUUGUGCACUCACUAUACCGCAGACAGCAGCAAUGCAUGAGACACCCUUGCAACACCCAGGGGUUUUCAUUGCCGCUGUACAGACGAGCAAACUGAGGCACUGGCAUGCUCUGGUCCUUUGAGCUGGGCAAGCACUGAGUUCCCCUUUUCCUCUCUGAGACCACAUACCCAUUCUCACCGAGCUCCUCUCUCUUUCCCUAACACCCCUCUCCCCCCCGCCACACGCACACAGGCACACACACAUCCCUCCUUAGAGAUCCAGGAAAGAUGGAACAUCCUUAAAUCUCAAAAUCCACCCUGAGCUCUAGGUUCUAAGGGGCAAUUUGUGCUAAGGAGUCAGGACCCAGUCAAAUUCCUCAUUGUUGAGAGCCACCUGGGGAGACAGUCCAUGAACAAGGCCACCCCAACCGUGGGAGACCCCAGCUCCGAGGUCUUGCCUGGAUAACACCGGGGUCCCUCCGAAGCCCUCCUUAUGGUCACUUCCACCUCAAGGAAACCCUUCUGUGAGUUUUGGAACCAGAUGUGCUUAAGUUCGAAUCCUGCCUCUGUAACCAGGUGACAAAACCCCUGAGCUGUUUCCUCCUCUGCACCAGGGCUGU